AACAGACUACUGAAUCUAAAUGGUCCGCACCCCCAGGUGGCGCUACAGAGAUUUCACUGGUGUUUCAUUUAGGAAAACCCUCAUUACCCAACAUCCACCACUAAGCGUUCCUUCCGGUUUGUGCGCCAUUAAAGAAAGCAGACAUGGCUAUCAGGUAUCCUAUGGCUGUGGGGCUUAACAAAGGCCACCCCGUAACCAAGAAUGUGACCGCACCCAAACACGCCCGUAGACGAGGGCGUCUGACCAAGCACAGCAAGUUUGUGCGUGACAUGAUCCGUGAGGUGUGCGGCUUCGCCCCUUACGAGAGGCGCGCCAUGGAGUUGCUGAAGGUGUCCAAGGAUAAGCGUGCCCUCAAGUUCAUCAAGAAGAGGAUUGGAACUCACAUCCGCGCCAAGAGAAAGAGAGAGGAGCUCAGCAACGUCCUGGCUGCCAUGAGGAAGGCUGCUGCCAAGAAGGAUUAAAGCUGUUCUUGCAAAUAAAUAUUUGUAUUUCAAAA